AGCCACUCUUUGGUUCAAGCUUACAGGAUAAUAAGCUGAGCCACUCUUUUUCUGGCAAUAAAUGCAUGUCUUCAUUUGGGAAAAGCUAACAAGCUUUGGGAAGAUGCUGAGCCUGUCUUUCUCCCUGCUUCUUCUUAGUAAUUUAGCAGCUGUAAUUUUAGCUGCCGAUAGAUUUAGCAGAGGAGACUUCCCACCAGGCUUCGUGUUUGGGUCUGGGACCUCAGCAUACCAGGUUGAAGGUGCAGCAGACCAAGAGGGUAGGAAGCCUAGCAUAUGGGAUACAUUCGCUCAUGAGGGAAAAGUGCAUGGAGACAAUGCUGACAUAACAUGUGAUCAGUAUCACAAAUACAAGGAAGAUGUCCAGCUCAUGGUGGAUACUGGCUUAGAGGCCUAUAGAUUUUCCAUCUCAUGGUCAAGACUGAUUCCAAAUGGAAGAGGACCUGUCAAUCCAAAGGGUCUACAAUAUUACAACAAUCUUAUCAAUGAACUUAUCAGCAAUGGAAUCCAACCGCAUGUUACACUACACCACAAUGACCUUCCACAGGCACUGGAGGACGAGUAUGGAGGAUGGAUUAAUCGAAAAAUUGUAAAAGACUUCACGACAUAUGCAAAUGUGUGUUUCAAGAACUUUGGUGACAGGGUUUCACAUUGGACAACUGUGAAUGAGGCCAAUGUGUUCGUGCUCGCGGGUUAUGAUGGCGGAUAUUUACCACCUCAACAUUGUUCUUCUCCUUUCGGAUUUAACUGCACAAGAGGCAACUCCUCAACUGAGCCAUACCUGGCAGCUCAUCAUAUCUUGUUGGCGCAUGCAUCAGCUGCUGUACUCUACAAGGAAAAGUAUCAGGACAAGCAACAUGGAUUUAUAGGAAUCAAUCUCUUUGCUUUUUGGAUUGUUCCUCUAACAAACACAACUGAAGAUGCAAUUGCCUCUCAAAGAGCCAUGGACUUUAUGAUUGGUUGGUAUGUGAAUCCCUUGAUGUACGGAGACUAUCCUGAUGUAAUGAAAAGGAAUGUUGGAACAAGACUUCCUACAUUCACCAAUCUUGAAUCUAAUCAAGUUAAGGGUUCAAUUGACUUCCUAGGAGUAAAUUACUAUCUCACAGUGUAUGUGAAGGACGACUCCAGCAAACUAGAGAUGGAGCUCAGAAACUUUGAUGCAGACAUGGCAGUAGAUAUAACAUUGGCAGUUACUCAAAAGGAUAUGUCUUCAUCUGAGGUGAGAGAAUGCACAUUAAACUGUAGAGAUGCCAGUUUGAAUCAGUUUUCAAUUACACCUUGGGGUUUGCAAGGACUGCUGGAGUACUUUAAGCAAGUUUAUGGAAAUCCUCCUAUUUACAUUUAUGAGAAUGGACAAGAAACACAACGUAAUUCAUCAUUGGAAGAUUGGCCAAGGGUGAAAUACUUGCAGGGAUAUAUUGGGGCUUUGCUUGAUGCAUUGAGGAAUGGAUCAAACACAAGGGGCUAUUUUCAAUGGUCUUUCUUGGAUGUAUUCGAGAUGGACGGCUAUGAAUCAGGCUUUGGCCUUUACUAUGUAGAUUUGGAUGACCCGGAUUUAAAAAGACAACCAAAGCUCUCUGCUCGUUGGUACAAGCAUUUCUUGACAGGAGAAGGUGUCCACUCACAUGGGUUUAUAGAACUUGAGAAGAAUUUAUCUGCUCAUGCUCACUACUUUCAGUAGACUCUUCCCUAAAUUGUUAAUGGGGUGCUGGUGGUACUUGAUAAAAUAUACAAAUGGAAAAUGGUCAGUAAGGUUACAUUUUUAAUGUAUAUGAUAGAGUCGGAGAAUAAUGAGUAAAGGACUCAAAGAUUUAAGGUGAUUGGGCCUUAGAGAUAUCUACAUCCAUCACAAAAAAUGCUCAAUAAGGCAACUUUCAUUUUAAUGUAUUGAUUUGAUAAUUUUGAAUUACAAUAGUUGUAUUCAUAGA